AUGUGCAAAAAAUAUUCACCACAAAAUAAAUUAACACAUUCAACAUUAAUCGCAGCUUCAAGUGAUUCACCGUCAAUUGCAAAACAAGUUGAGACUAAAAUGUUUUCAUGUACACGCUGUCAACGCAAAUAUAAAUUUCGAAAAACUCUUAAUCGACAUAUGAAUCAUGAAUGCGGAAAGGAUAAAAGUCAUUCUUGUUCCGCUUGCACUUAUCGAACUUACAGAAAUGAUCGUUUACUAUCACACAUUCGUAUGGUUCAUCCCUCGAUAGCACCUUCAUCGAAACGAGGCAGGCUACCAAGGAUCGAGAAUGUGAUUUCUCUUUCCUAUCCUAGCUUUUGA